UUCCAUUCUGGUUACUUCUGUGAACUCUUGAGUCUGAAUCAGAGAGAGAGAGAGAGAGAGAGAGAGAGCAAAAAUGUUUCUGAGGAUGGUAGCGAGGCCAUUGAUGGCGAAGGUGAAAGAGACGACGGGGAUAGUGGGGCUGGAGGUGGUGCCGAAGGCGAGAGAGGUGUUGAUCGGUCUCUACAACAAAACCCUAAAGGAGAUCCAGGCCGUCCCGGAGGACGAGGGCUACCGGAAGGCCGUCGAAAGCUUCACGCGCCACCGCCUCAAGGUGUGCCAAGAGGAAGAAGACUGGGAGAUGAUCGAGAAGCGCCUCGGCUGCGGUCAGGUCGAAGAACUGAUUGAAGAGGCGCAGGAUGAGCUCAAGCUUAUCUCCAAGAUGAUCGAGUGGGAUCCAUGGGGUGUGCCCGAUGACUAUGAAUGCGAAGUUGUCGAAAAUGAUGCUCCGGUUCCUAAGCAUAUUCCCCUGCACCGACCCGGUCCCCUCCCCAAGGAGUUCUAUAAAACGUUGGAGGCUGUUACUUCAGGCACAUUGCAGGAUGUAAUUGCAAUCUCAAAGAAGGAAGAAGCUGCAAUCACCUCCGGGGAGUCUAAGCCUAAGGCCUAAGGAAUAACGUCUCAAAAACUACUCGUUUGGAUCUUUAUAAAGAGAUGACUAGCUAUGAAGCUGCGUCUUUCAUCUCUUGAUGUUUCUUGCUUGUUAGUUGGAAAUGUUUGUAUUUAGGGGAUUCGAUCAGACUUUGAUUGUUGGCAUCAGAGUUUGAACUGUUAGUGAAUAAUCUUGAUUCUUGCUGCUUUGAACAGAAAUCUGCUUUUAUUUGGACUUUUCUUUUCUUUUUCGUGAGGAUUUCAGUUGUUACAAAGAUAUUUUGUCCUUGAAAACUGAUAUACAUGUCAGUUUGAUAACAAAUUCUAGAAAUUUAUAAUAAAUUUGUUGAUGAA